AUGAUUACACAUCUUAAACGUUAUAUAACAAUUAUUCAAGAUUCUGAUGUUUAUCCAGUUAUUUAUGAUUCAAAUAAUGUUGUUCUUUCGCUUCCACCUGUUAUUAAUGAUAAAUUAUUAAUAAGAAAAAUUUUUAAAAUAUCACAUUUAUUAAACUGUUUAGGUGAUCAUAGUAAAAUGAGUAUUGGUCGAACAUCACUUUUACCUGGCUUAUUAAAAACUCUUGCAAGUAACCAAGGUACUGCAUUACCAAUUCAACUUUUCGAAAAAACUGGUAGUCGAUAUGAACGCUGUUUAUGUGAGAUCUAUUAUAAUCAUACACCAGGCUUUGAAAUAAUUCAUGGUUUACUUGAUCGAAUUAUGACAUUAGUUAAAGUUUCAUAUAAUGAAAAUAAAACGAAUGAUAUAGACGAUUAUUUAAAUAAUCAAUAUGAAAAUAGUGUAUUUUUUCCUGAUCAACAUGCUGAAAUAAUUGUCUAUGGUAAAAAUCUUGAUGCUAUUGGUGUUCUUCAUCCAAAUGUUAUUGAACAUUUUGGUUUAAAAUCCCCUUGUUCUAUUCUUGAAUUAAACAUUGAACCAUUUGUUUAA